AUGGGUCUCCUGCGUCUCGUGGCGGUGGUGGCUUGUUGGACUGCCUGCUCCUGCAGCGCCAACCAUAGACACGCCCCGUCUAUCCUUCUGCAUACGCCAUCUGUCAUUCUGCAGCGAGUGGACUUUGAAGUGUCAAUUGAGCUGCUGGAGCUCAAAAAUGGGUCUGUCUAUCCACGAAAGUUGUGGUACCUCGUACAAGAUGCAGACGGGAAUGUGCUUGUCAACAGCAGCGUCUUAACGCCCGAUAGUGAUGGCAACUUCCGCUCGCACGUGUCGAUCACUGUCAAGCAAUUGCAGCUCAAGUCGUACGGACAACAUAACCUCACUACAAUCGUGUGGGAAGAAGAGCAAGCGCCGAAAAAGCAAGAGCCGAUCGAGGACGUGGAUGGGCCCUCGGAGUCAUCACGAGGGAACGCAUCGGAGGUCCUGCAUGAGACAGUCGAGUCCGAUGAGGUGCCACUAUUUCGUGCAUCAUGCACGACUCCUGCCAUGGUGACACCUGGAUGGGUAUCUCUUCUACCACCUCUCGUGACUUUGGUCAUGUCGGCUGUGCUAGGCCAAGUAGCAGUGUCUCUUCUUGCUGGUAUCUGGUGUGGAGCUAUCAUCGUUUCGAACGGAAAUCCGUUCACGGCGUUCUUGCGCACGUUUGAUCACUACUGGGUGACGUCGUUUACCGUAAACGACCACGCUGGUGUGCUGCUGUUCACGAUCAUACUCGGUGGGACUAUUGGCGUGGUCCAAAAAGGCGGAGGAGGUCAUGGUCUGGCGCUAGUUGCCAAGAAGUUUAUGACGUCGCCGCUGCGCAUGCAACUGUCAACUUGGUUUUUGUGUCUUGUGAUCUUCUUUGACGACUACUCUUGCAUCCUGAUUGUUGGAAGCUCCCUGCGUCAAGUGCUGAGCCAGACUGGAGUCAGCCGCGAGAAGUUUGCAGCGAUCAUCCACACCAUCGGUGUCUGCUUGCCGUCGAUGUCCCCAGUGAGCUCCUGGAUUGGCGUUGAGAUUGGCUACGUAGCAGCGCAGCUUCGCGAUCUCCAGCUUGAUUGGGACCCGUUCGUCACCUGUCUGUCGUGUCUGCACUACCGGUUCUUUCCGAUCCUUUUCAUUGCUUUCAUUUUCAUCACGAUCAUUUGCGAGAAGGACUUUGGCCCGAUGGUGCAGUUUGAAAAGGACGCCGCAGUAUCUCCGAUCAACAAUGGCGCCAUGACGCCGGUCUUACCAGGGCCGAUGGAUAGCCCACGACCCGAUCUUGCCCCCUCGGAGCCCGACACAAGCAAACCGCUCCGGUGGCAAAAUGCUGUGGUGCCGUUCCUGAGCAUUGUCGUGUUGACGUUCGUGGGAAUGAUCUUCGAUGGCGUUAACGCCCUAUACACACAGGAUCCCGACGGCGAUUUCAGCAUUUUGGACGCGCUGAGCCACUGUGACUCGGUUUCUUCUUUGAUUCGCGCGUCUGCUGCUGGCUGGGUCAUAACUGUUGCGCUGUUGCUGUCGCAACAGAUCAUCACGCUGAACGAAGCCACGAAGGCUUGGAUGGAAGGAGUCAAGGAUAUACUGGAUCCAACGGUGAUUCUCACGCUUGCGUGGGCUCUUGGUGCGGUCAUGGGCGAAGUGCGCACGGCCCCGUACAUCGCAUCGGUAGUCGGCGAGUCGAUUCCAAAGCAAUUCCUGCCAGCAAUUGCUUGCCUGCUUUGCUUCAUCGUGUCCUUUGCCGUGGGUAGUGGCUUCGGCACGAUGGCCAUCAUGUUCCCUAUCAUCGCGCCGCUGUCGUGGUCUAUCAGCGGUGGAGACGCGGAGAACCUGCGUCAGUGUUUCGGCAGUAUCCUGGGCGGCUCCGUGUUCGGGAACACUUGCUCGCCCAUUGCCGAUACGUCCAUCCUAGCGUCUCUCUCGGCGCAUGUGCCGUUGGAGAACCACGUUCGCAGUAUCCUGCCAUACGCUCUCUUGGUCGCCGUCGUGUCCGUUGCUGGUGGCUAUCUUCCAAUUGGAUUGAAAAUCUGCAGUGCCUUUACGGCGUUCGGCAUCUGUCUCGCAGUGCUGUUGCUCGUCGUGUUUUUCUUCGGGACUCGAGUCAACACGCGGUACCACUCGCUAUCGUCGUGCAGUCCCAUGAGCAUGUCGCCGCCAUCGAGAUACAACGGCGAAGGGCAGCCAUUGCUGUUGGCAUAA